UUUUCUUUAUGUUCAAUAUAUCGGCGUUUCGUUCGACACCAAUCACCAUUUUAGAAGAAAAAGUGAGCAUUAUCUGGUUUUAGCCCAGGUUUUAGGUAACGAAAACAGUACAGCCGUCGUCAUGUCCAUGUCGAAAACCACGAACACCUACAAUCGGCAGAACUGGGAGGACGCCGAGUUCCCGAUUCUGUGCCAGACUUGCCUGGGUGACAAUCCGUACGUGAGGAUGAUCAAGGAGCGCUUUGGAAAGGAAUGCAAGAUUUGCACGCGUCCGUUCACCAUAUUUCGAUGGUGUCCUGGCGCCCGGAUGCGCUUUAAAAAGACGGAGAUAUGCCAAACAUGUGCGCGCCUGAAGAACGUGUGUCAGACCUGCCUUCUGGAUCUCGAGUACGGAUUACCCAUUCAGGUUCGCGACGCCGCCCUCAAAGUGGCAGACAAUAUGCCGCAGAGCGACGUCAACAAGGAGUACUACAUCCAGAACAUUGACGCCCAGCUGCAGGACGGAGAUGGAACUGAGGCGGCCGGGGCAGUUGGCCGAUCCCUCGCGGCUAACGAGAUGCUUUCCAAGCUGGCGCGCACGGCGCCGUACUACAAGCGAAACAGGCCGCACAUAUGUUCCUUCUGGGUCAAGGGAGAGUGCAAGCGUGGCGAGGAGUGCCCCUACCGGCACGACAAACCCAACGAGCCUGACGACCCGCUGUGCGAGCAGAACAUCAAGGACAGGUACUACGGACGAAACGACCCAGUUGCCGAGAAAAUCAUGAAGCGGGCAGCCUCGCUUCCUACCCUCGAGCCGCCGGAGGACCGCAAUAUAACCACUUUGUAUGUGGGAAACCUCCCCGAGGAAAUUACUGAGCCAGAGCUGCGAGAUCAGUUCUACCAGUUCGGAGAAAUUCGUUCCAUCGCCUUGGUGCCACGCCAGCAGUGCGCUUUUGUGCAGUACACCAAGAGGAACGCUGCAGAGCUGGCCGCCGAGCGAACCUUUAACAAAUUGGUGAUCCAGGGCCGGAAGGUUAGCAUUAAGUGGGCCCACUCCCAGGCCAAACAAAACACCGCCGCAAAGACAGACAGACGCUUUGACAUCACCGGCAUUCCGCCACCCAGUGCGAAGCCGAACGACUACUUUAAUCUGCGCCAGGAGCAGAUCAACGUCAUGCCUGCCGGAAUGAAGCUGCACCAGCUACCUUCGAACCUUGUCCCGGCGUCGGCAUACCAGAUGUACGGUCAGCCGACCUACGCGGCGCCCUACGGCAAUGCCAGUUCCACAGGCGCUUCUACCUCGGGUGUGAGUCUUGACUCCAUAUCGAUACCUCCGCCACCUGGCCAAGUACCCUAUCCCAGCCAGGAUGCCAGCCGAAUGGGUGCUGUGAAGAAAUAGAAAGUUCUACAGAGGUUCGGUUUAAGAUAAGCCUUUUAUAGAAUCCAAUAAAAAACAAGAACCCUGAA